GUUGCGAAGAACUUUAUCCCUUAUCUCUGUUUCUUUCCUCUAUUCUCUGGUGUUUUGUGUCUACCUCUCCAAUGGCUUCCCUCUCUUGUCAUCUCUCUCUAUCUCAAUCUCCAUCUUCAAACAAUGUCAAACUCUCUUCUUCUCUCUUCUCAUUUUCGUGUACUAAUUUAUCUUCAAAUGCCAAUUUCUCUCGUCAAUUUCUUAACAAAAAACAAUCAUCUCUUUCGGCUGCUCCAAGGUCCCUCACUAUAAAAUCCAUGGCACCUCCUAAAGGAAAAGCAAAGAAAGUAAUUGGAGUGAUUAAGCUCGCUCUAGAAGCUGGAAAGGCUACACCUGCACCACCUGUCGGGCCAGCCCUCGGUUCCAAGGGUGUCAACAUUAUGGCCUUCUGUAAGGAUUACAACGCAAGGACAGCAGACAAAGCUGGCUAUGUUAUUCCUGUUGAGAUUACGGUUUUUGAUGACAAAAGUUUUACCUUUAUCCUCAAGACUCCGCCUGCUUCUGUUCUGUUACUAAAGGCUGCAGGAGUGGAGAAAGGAUCAAAAGAUCCACAAUUAGAAAAAGUUGGGAAAGUCACGGUCGACCAACUACGUGCAAUUGCAACUGAAAAACUACCAGAUUUGAACUGUACAACUAUUGACUCAGCAAUGAGAAUUAUAGCAGGAACUGCUGCUAAUAUGGGGAUUGACGUCGACCCUCCUAUUCUUGAAAAGAAAAAGAAGGUACUUGUAUAACCUCGAGUUAGAAUUUGUCAUUUGCUUUUUCCUUUCUAUUCACUGUAGUUUGAUUUCUAAAUUUUUUUCGAGCUUGUAUUAUGAAUCUUUCAAUUGGAAGUAAUGAAAAAUGUAACCUUUUUGUGUAAUAACCCUUGUACAUGGUUGAAAACUUCAUAUCCAGAAUCCAGUUUCUUCUUAGA